AUGAUGAAUUCUGAUCAAGACCAAAGAAAUCGAAACCAAACCAACCAAAAUGCUGAGAGAAACUCUCAAUCUGAGAGUGCUCCUGAACAACAGCAACAUCAAUCUGGAUAUACUGUGAUCAGACCUAAUGAAACACGGAGGAACGACUUAACCAUGGUGGCGCAAAGUGAAGUAGAGCGUUUAAAAGCACUUAGAGAAGCACAAAGAUCUGCUCCUGUACACAUAGAUCCUCAGAGAGUGGGAGGAAAUGGGACAAUGGCUGAAGCCCGUGAACAGCAGUUUAGAAAGCAGAGGUCCUUGAAAUCACAGAAACGGCUGAAGAUGGAGGAAGAAAAGAAACGAAAGAAAGAAGAGGAGGAAAGAGAGAAUCAGAUUGUUAAAGACAAAGCAAGAGAACAGGCGGAGAAACAGGCACAGAAAAGAGAGAAAGAAGACAUUUCAAGGAAGAAGAAGUUUGAUCCAGAUCGCCAGAGAUGCCUGGAGCGUUAUGAGAGAAAUGGCUCAUCAAGCACAAUUGGCCCACUGGAACAAAAUACACCCUCCCCUGACGCUAGGGACAUGCCCAAAGUGAAAACUGAGCAGGAAAAAAGGAUGGACCAUGAGAGAAGAAAUGCGACCUUCCUAGACAAAAUAGAGCAGCAAAUGAAGAAUUUGAAUGGUGGUGGUGAAUCUCCUGAACCAAUCUGUUCUGGAAGCUCAGCUGGAGGCGGUGCGACAAACACAGUUCCAACCUCUGGACCAGACUUUGAAUGGGCCUUAAUGAAGUUGAUGCGUAAAUUUCCUUCUUUUGACAAAGACUUUCUUGGAGACAUUCUCGGUCAAUUCAAUGGGGACUUUGAACAGGCCUCAGCGCUUCUCUCUGAGUAA